GCCAAGUGCGCGCAAGCACGAGCACCGAUUGCAUAACGACAUUCCAUGCCAUCAGGAGCGGAGAGCCCCCUAGGCUAGCGUAUCAGCGCGCACAAGCUCCCUUCCAGCUCCUUGCCACCGGGGUCCUUAUCUUACAGGCGGCGAGGAGGAAGCGGGGAGCGGGAAGCAGGGAGCGGCAAUCGGAGCGCGAUGGGGGCAAUGGGGCGGCACGCGGUGACGCAGGAGGCGUUCGACGGGUUGGUGCGGGAGAACAUGGAGGAGUUCGCCAUGGCGGCGGGCGAGGCCGUGGAGGACGCCGUGCACACCCUCACGAUGCAGGGCGCCGACCUCACAGGCAUCGUGACGGCGUACAGCGCAUCAGGGCAGCGCGAGGAGCACCUGGCCACACUGGCAGCCACGCAGCUGAGGGAGGCGCUGGCAGCGUGGGAAGAGCGGGGGGGGGGGGGGGGGCAGGCAGUGCUCCUCGCUCUCUCCGCCUUCAAGGGGGCUGUAGACACCGCCGACCAAUCAGAGGGCGACACGUCAGAGGACAGGGCCAAGCAGGAGGGGGAGGAAGGGGAGGCGGAGAAGGAAGGGGUUAGGGGGGAGGGAGGUGGGGCAGCAGCAGCAGCAGCAGCAGGGGGUGGGGUGGGGUCAGGGGAUGCAGCGCGGGUGGCAGGGCGUAGCGACGGGCUGCACGCAGCAGUGGGCGCGCUGAGAGUGGCGCUGGGGGCGGUGGAGAGCGGGGCGGAGGGGGAGGAGGGAGGGGAGGGGGGGGAGGGGAGGGCGAGGGGGGAGGAGGCCUUGUGUGACGCGCUGAGAUGCAUGGAGGUGAUGCUGACGCAUGUCCCAGGGGCGCGCGACGACUUCUUCCGCCUGUCCGGCCCCUCUCUCCUCGCCUCCGCCCUUGCUGCCUCCUCCUCCUCCUCUAGCCUCCGCUUUUUGACCGCAGCUGCCUGCACUGUACGGGCAGCGUGCACGGAAAACGAGGUCAUCAAGGAGGCACUUAUGGAAGGAGCAGUCCACGUGGCCAUCUUGAACGCCGUUGGCGGAAUCCUCAAGAAAAAGGGCAGUGCUGACGUGGACACGAGCGCAGCUGACGUGGCAGAAGCAGGGAGCGCCAUGUGUGCGUGCUGCGGGGCGCUGAGAUCGCUCGUGACGAAUGACGAUGUGCGCGUGGCGGCGUCCAAGACGUUCACGAAUGCGCGCACCAUGGCGGAGGCCGGCGCAGCGGACGUGCUACUGGGCGCCGCUGCUGCCUUCUCCAACGAUGUCUCCGUGCUGCCCUCCGUGCUCGCUGCUCUCAAGGCCAUCGCUGUCAACGAGGACAUCUGCCGCAGCAUCGCCAGCCAGGCCGGAGUGCCUCUAGUGCUGGGACAGCUGCGGGUGGCCCUCGCCUUGCACUGCUCCUCGCUUGCUGCGCCCUCUGCCUCCCUGCUGGCGCAGCUGGCAGGCAGUGACGCCAACAAGGCGCUCAUUGUGGAGGCAGGUGGCAUGCCGCUGUUGGUGGACGCCAUGAAGGCGUUCCUCCACCAUGGGGCUGUGCUUCAAGAGCUCCUCGCGUGCAUGGCAGCCCUCACUCUGCGCAACCCCGCACAUGCGGCGGCAGCCGUGGCGGCGGGGGUGUUGGACGCAGCGGUGGACGCCAUGGAGGGGCGCGGCGCCACGGCGGGCAGCCAGUGGCAGGCGUGCCAGGUGCUGCGCAACCUCGCAGUGCGCAACCCCGAGCACAGGCCAAUGAUGGUGGAGAUGGGGUUGGAGGCGCUCAUUCGCAAGGUCAAGGCAAAGCACCGGUCGUGCCGCGACGUGUGCUCUGCUGCGCUGAGAGACAUGGGCCUCGAUAACUACAACCAGUGAUGCGCUGUGCUGCUCGUACAGCACUACCAGUUGUAGACCCAAGUGGCCUGCUGCACCAAGAAACACUCGUACCAAUGUAGUCGACACUCCUCCUGCGAAUGCCUCCAGAAAUGACGUUCUGAUCGCUGCCCAUGGCAACCGGCAAGCAAGCGCCCACGCGACACUGGUGGCGAGACUGUGAGAGGGUAAGGGACGGGAACUUGAGUCGGCGCGGAGAGAGAGACGUCGUACCGCAGAUGCUUUCGAUUGCGAGCCUCCGGAUUCUAAAGAAGCUGCCUGGAUUCAAUCGGAGAGUGGGUGCCUUGUUUGAGAACAGAUCUCAGGAGGAACAUGGCAAUGACAGCACCUAGAGACCAGGGAAACACAGGCAUGUGAAAUGAUGGAGUGUUGUGGACAGGUGCAUAGCGGGGCAGAGAUGGGUUCAGGGGCCACGCGGCAUGCCAAGACAUCCAGCAUGUAGCAUGUUGCAGCCUGACGAGUGGCUAGGGACGUGCAACCAUGACAACGGCGUAGGCUCGGUACGGGGGACCAUGCAUGUGCCUAGCUGGAAUUUGAAACAGAGC